AUGGAAGUUCUGGAUACUAUGGAAGCACUUGAUUUAUUGAUCGCGUCAGAUGAAUUAUUACUUACAGAAUUGUCAGAAUAUAUACAAAAUGAUUUAUUAGUAAAUGGGUUUGCAUGGUUAGAAAAAAAUUCAAUAAUAGUCUGGGAAAAAAUAUACAAGUAUGAAUCAUGUGUAAAAUUACAAGAUUAUUGUAUAAAAUUGAUUUGUAAAGAUCCAAUAAAGUAUCUAUUUGCAUCUACUGAAUUCUUAAGCAUGGAUGAAAAAACAUUAUCCGAAUUUUUAAAAUUAGAUGGUUUAGAAAUUGAAGAGAUUGAAUUAUGGAAUAAUAUUUUAAAAUGGGGUUUGGCACAAAAUCCAUAUUUAUUACUACAUGACAACAACAACAAUGAUAAAGAUGCCAGGUUGAGUAGAGUGUUACAUCAACGUUCAUUUUAUGCAAUAAGAUUUAAUGGUAAUAAUUAUGGUCCAUGUUUUGGUGACAAGGAUUUGUGUAUGAAAGGUUGUUUCAAUGAGAGUGGUAGUUGUUCAGCACAAAAAGAUGAUUACUGCACUAGUAUUACAGAUUGUAAAGUGUUUUCAAUUGAUGAAUAUGAAUUUGAUUAUAUUUUAGGCAGCGAGAAUGAAGUUUAG